UCCUGGGUUUGGAACUUCUCUUCCGGUGGGAAACAAACGGUGUUUUGAGCGGAGGACUGGUUGCGCAGUCUUUCUGGGAGUCGUUACUUCUCCCGCGUUCCCGUUCCAGUGUAGACGUUUUGUCCGGAGGCGGCUGCCGCCUCCUUAUACGGGUUUCUUCAGAACCAUGGCGGAAUACUCCUACGUGAAGUCCACCAAACUCGUGCUCAAAGGGACGAAGGCUAAGAGUAAGAAGAAAAAGAACAAAGAUAAGAAGAGAAAAAGAGAAGAGGAUGAAGAAACCCAACUUGAUGUUGUUGGGAUUUGGUGGACAGUGGCAAACUUUGGUGACAUUUCUGGAACCAUAGCUAUUGAAAUGGAUAAAGGAACCUAUAUCCAUGCACUUGACAAUGGUCUUUUUACUCUGGGAGCUCCACAUAAAGAAGUUGAUGAGGGCCCCAGUCCUCCAGAGCAGUUUACUGCUGUCAAAUUGUCUGAUUCAAGAAUUGCCCUGAAAUCUGGCUAUGGAAAAUACCUUGGUAUAAAUUCAGAUGGACUUGUUGUCGGGCGUUCAGAUGCAAUUGGACCAAGAGAACAGUGGGAACCAGUCUUUCAAGAUGGGAAAAUGGCUUUAUUGGCCUCAAAUAGCUGCUUUAUUAGAUGCAAUGAAGCAGGUGAUAUAGAAGCAAAAAGUAAAACAGCUGGAGAAGAAGAAAUGAUAAAGAUUAGGUCCUGUGCUGAAAGGGAAACCAAGAAAAAAGAUGACAUCCCAGAAGAGGACAAAGGAAAUGUAAAACAGUGUGAAAUCAAUUACGUGAAGAAAUUUCAGAGCUUUCAAGAUCACAAACUUAAAAUAAGCAAAGAAGAUAGUAAAAUCCUUAAAAAGGCUCGGAAAGAUGGAUUUUUACAUGAGACACUUCUGGACAGGAGAGCCAAAUUGAAAGCUGAUAGAUACUGCAAAUGACCAGAAUUUUUGUUUCUGUCUUAUCCUUUGGUUUUCUGAAUAAAAUAUUCACCAAGUA